GAUAGCAGUGGAAGAAGAGGAGGACAAGGCUGUAGAGGAGGAGCCGGAGGUGGAGGUGGAAGAGGACGAGGAUGUGGCAGAGGUGGUGGCAGAGGAGCAGAGUCCAGCGUCGGGGACCCAGGAGCACCUUAGCCUUGGUGGUGACACCAAGUCCCCAGUUCUUCAGGAAGAGGCCCUGCAGGCCUCCCGGGUUCCAACCACACCUGGGGAUGAGGACCUGGAUGAGGACGAGGAGGACGAGGACGAGGACGAGGAUGACGAUUCCUUGACAGCUGGGUCUCAGGGGCUGGUGACUUUUGAAGAUGUGGCUGUGUACUUUACCCUGGAGGAGUGGGAAAGGCUGGACGCAGACCAGCGGGACCUCUACAAGGAAGUCAUGCAGGAGAACUAUGGGAUCCUGGUGUCCUUGGGAUACCCAAUCCCCAAGCCAGACCUGAUCUUCCGGCUGGAACAAGGAGAGGAACCGUGGGUGCCGGAUAGCCCCCGUCCUGAGGAGGGAGACAUUGUCACUGGAGUCUACACAGGGGCCUGGUUCUGGACCGACGACAUAGAGGACCACGAGGAGGAGGACGACGAGGACUUCCUGGCGGAAGUGGCUGAGGAGGAGAAUGAACCCCCCGGGCUGUGGUCCGCAGCCUACGGCGUGGGUGACGUGCCUGGGACGUGGGGCCCCGAUGACUCGGAUUCAGCGCAGACUCCGGAAGGGUGGGGCCCGGACCCUGGCGGCCUCGGGGUUCUGGCGGAGGGUUCCGAGGAAAAGCCCUUCCUGCCGGGCCGGGAGCCGGGCGCAAACCUGCUGGCACCUUGGGCCUUCCCAGCUGCGGCGGCUGCUCCGGACGGGCGCCCUGAGACCACGUGCGACGUGUGCGGCAAAGUGUUCCCGCACCGGUCCCGGCUGGCCAAGCACCAGCGCUACCACGCGGCCGUGAAGCCCUUCGGCUGCGACGAGUGCGGCAAGGGCUUCGUGUACCGCUCGCACCUGGCCAUCCACCAGCGCACGCACACCGGCGAGAAGCCCUUCCCGUGCCCCGACUGCGGCAAGCGCUUCGUCUACAAGUCGCACUUGGUCACGCACCGCCGCAUCCACACGGGCGAGCGGCCCUACCGCUGCGCCUUCUGCGGCGCGGGCUUCGGGCGCCGCUCCUACCUGGUCACGCACCAGCGCACGCACACGGGCGAGCGGCCCUACCCGUGCCCGCACUGCGGCCGCAGCUUCAGCCAGAGCUCGGCGCUCGCGCGGCACCAGGCAGUGCACACGGCUGACCGGCCGCACUGCUGCCCCGACUGCGGCCAGGCCUUCCGCCUCCGCGCCGACUUCCAGCGGCCCUACGCGUGCGGCGAGUGCGGCCGCCGCUUCGGGCAGAGCGCGGCGCUGACGCGGCACCAGUGGGCCCACGCGGAGGAGAAGCCGCACCGCUGCCCCGACUGCGGCAAGGGCUUCGGCCACAGCUCGGACUUCAAGCGGCAUCGGCGCACGCACACGGGCGAGAAGCCUUUCCGCUGCAGCGACUGCGGCCGCGGCUUCGCGCAGCGCUCUAACCUGGCCAAGCACCGGCGCGGCCACACGGGCGAGCGGCCCUUCCCGUGCCCCGAGUGCGGCAAGCGCUUCUCGCAGCGCUCGGUGCUCGUGACGCACCAGCGCACGCACACGGGCGAGCGUCCCUACGCCUGCGCCAACUGCGGCCGCCGCUUCUCGCAGAGCUCGCACCUGCUCACCCACAUGAAGACGCACCGCAGCGCAGCCGGUGUGCCCGGCCCGGCGGCCCCCGCGCCCAAGGCUGAGGCGCCCGCCAAGGGGCCACCGGGCGCAGGCGCGGGCACCGGGCUGGGGGAGCGCGGCAGCACCCUGCUGGAGUUCGCGGGCGGAACGAGCUUCGGCUCCGAGCCGACUGCCGCGUUCGCGGGGCCCUCGAGAGCCUACGAGGAGAGCAUCAUGUGAAGGCCCGAGGCCGACGGAGGCGCAGCCCGCUAGGCCACCGGCCCCUCCUCCGCGCGGCUCGGGCGCCGGCCGCUGCGCGCCCGCCCCUUGCUCCUUUGGCCUCGAGGGGCUGAGGGUCCCAGUCCUGGUGCGGUGCCUUCCCCUCAGCCCCGGCGCACCGCCUCCUGGCCUCGGGCUUCCUUCCUGCCUGACCCCUAGAGCCAGGCCGCCAAGCUCGUAAGGCCGCGUGGAGCGCGAAUAGGAAGAGAGCUGAGCGCCGAGGAGGCGAGGGCAGGGGACGGCCGCCCCGACAAAGACUGCGACGUCCCUGGGUUUAUGCUGUGAAGCCGAGCGGUAGGGGUGGCAAGCGAUGUUAUUUAUUUUAUUCGGAAUUCGAUUUGGGUGGCCCGGGGAAAGGUGGCUUAUGAGUUUGUAAUGGGGUUUUACAGUGAGGGAGGGGAAGCCCUUGUGUCAAGGGGAGGGUGGGGUUGUCGAGGGCAGAGCAUGUGGCUGUUCCCGGUGGGUUUGGCAGAUGACUUCUUUCCAUUCCUCAGUCGGAGGCUUCAGAGACCUUCUGGUCAUUUGAGUAUGUCCGGAAAGUUCUAAGUACUGCGUACGUGUCAAGGGGAAGCCUUGAGGGUUUUCGAAGGACAACAUUCCUCCCUAACCCAGGGGGAUGGGUAUUGAACUGGGAAAGCUUUUAUUCUGUCGAUUGUGGAUAUUUAUUUCCAUCUCGCGUAUAGCCUGAGGAAUCUGGGAGGAGGAGAAAAAGCCAGAAACUAAAUUUGUGGCCCGGGGUGGAUGGGUUGCAGGUGUUGGAAGGGUCCCAAGGGAGCUUGGAGCCUUAUUCUCGGGGGUUGCUCACUCUCCUCACCCCACUUGAGCACCGAUAUCAGCCAGGUGCUAGUCACGCUGGGUUAGUUGUAGUCUCAGCCUCUCUUGAGUCUUUUGGUAUUCUCAUCCGGGGCAGCUGGAGGUGGCAUACU